GCUGCUUCUCCCUCAUCCCCCAAGCACAGCGGGCGGGCCAAAUCAAAUUCCACAAAACCCUAGUUCGAGGGAAAAUCUCUCUCGGUUUUCUCGUCCGAGAAAAUAAUCCGCCAUCUCCCAAACUGUUUUUCUUCCAUCUUGCUGCUGCGAGAUUCUUUCUGUUCCGAUUCAGGGGAUAGAGAGGAGGGAGCAACCGAACUCCUCACUCCUCCGGAAAUGGCGUCGUCCAAGGUGAUGCCUUCUUCCAACUCGAGAAACUCGGGUCUCUCCCGUCGUAAUUCUUCUUCUGUUUUUUCUUCUCCUUCUGUAAGAUCGCACCAGCUGAAGCGAGAUUCGAGCGCCGAUCGAUCGAGGUUGAGUGGCGUUUACGACAGGUUGAACAACGGGUUCGGUUCCACGAUUACGGUCGACGGAAUUCUGCGGGAUGUUUACGGUACGGAUCAUCCGGCGGUGGCGGCGGAGUCUACGCUUUCGGACGCGUCUAUUAGUCUCAUGGACCCUCCUGCUCCGGGGCUGGUGGAGAUUGCAGUUAACGUUGACCGGAGCGGCCACGGUGGCAGCGGCGGUGGUAUGAGUGUGACGGAGACGCAAGGGAAGAGUGUGGAUGAGGUGUGGAGCGAAAUUGUGUCGGGAGAGAGGAAGGAGAUGAAAGAGGAGGCGCAGGAUGAAAUAAUGACGCUGGAGGACUUUCUGGCAAAGGCGGCGGUGGACGAUACGGUCGGUACGGCGGAAUGGGAGGAUAUGGACGCGAAGAUUCCGCCAGAGAGGCUCGGUGGCGGGGGCUGCGCGUUCGACCCGGUGCCACACAAGCCGCUUCAGAUGAUUGAUAACGUUGAAGGAACUAUCGUCGGGUUUGGAAACGGUCUGGAUGUCUAUGGCGGCGGAGGAGUAGGUGGACGUGGCGGAUCCAGGGGAAAGAGGGCGAGAAUGAUUAUGGAGCCGUUGGAUAAGGCUGCAGCACAGCGGCAUAAGAGGACGAUCAAGAACCGUGAAUCUGCUGCUAGGUCCAGGGAGCGGAAGCAGGCUUAUCAACUGGAGUUGGAGUCCUUGGCAUCGAAACUAGAGGAGGAGAAUGAGCAGCUGUCGAAGGAAAAGGCCGAAAGGACCAAGGAAAGACACAAGAAGCAUCUCUCUCUGAGCCACCUAGUUGAUGCUGCGUUAGUGAAGGGGAGCAUCUAUGGCCGUUAUUGUUUUAAGCAUACCUCUGUGUUACGUUACCGAACCAAAAAGAAUCUGUCGAGAUGCUAUCAGAUGAUGCAUGAUCGUCGUGGUUUCGAACAUUUUUCUUGAGGUGGCAGCUAAUGGAGAGAGUGAUUCCAGCCGUCGAGAAACCACGUCUCCUGCGCAGGGUUCGCUCGUUGGAGUGGUGAAUUCAAUCAGCUGACGCAGGUGCAGUAGAAAGGGAACGGCCAUCUGUCCGGGUAACAUCUUUCAUCUUCCGGAGAUCAUUAGAUAUCGUGGUCCAGUGAGUAAAGAAGAUUAAAAGAAGUUUGUCUGUUAGGGAAGCAAUUUCAGUGGUAUGCUUUAGUAUAUGUGUAUGUAUAGAGGAUGUAUCUUGUCGGUAACCUGCCUGAGAAACCUGGUGGUGGUAAUCUGCAAAAGAGUGAUGAUGAUGAUGAUGAUGAUAUGCUUUUAUGUAGUGCAUAUGUUACAUAGUUAUAUGAUAGUAUUUCUCACUGAUGUAAUGGGCCUACUGGCGUGCCACAUGUGCCUGCCAUAUAUAUAUACAUAUGCAUGUAUCUAUAUUGUAUUUAGACGUUUCUCUGUU